CUGAAGGUGGUGCAUUGUGAGGGUUAGUCAUCUGUCAAAUAUUUGGUAGUCAUUUGUUCAGAAAAUUUCCUGCGUUGUUCAUGGAGUUUUUCAUCAGUAUGUCUGAAACCAUUAAAUAUAAUGACGAUGAUCACAAAACUGUGUUUCUGAAAACAUUAAAUGAACAACGUUUGGAAGGAGAAUUCUGUGACAUAGCUAUUGUGGUUGAGGAUGUUAAAUUCCGAGCACAUCGAUGUGUACUUGCUGCCUGCAGUACCUACUUCAAAAAGCUUUUCAAAAAACUAGAAGUUGAUAGUUCAUCAGUAAUAGAAAUAGAUUUUCUUCGUUCUGAUAUUUUUGAGGAAGUUCUCAAUUACAUGUAUACUGCAAAGAUUUCUGUUAAGAAAGAGGAUGUAAAUUUGAUGAUGUCUUCAGGCCAGAUUCUUGGUAUUCGUUUUUUAGAUAAACUCUGCUCUCAGAAACGUGAUGUAUCUAGUCCUGAAGAAAAUACACAGUCCAAGAGCAAGUACUGUCUAAAAAUAAACCGUCCUAUUGGGGAACCUAAUGAUACCCAAGAUGAUGAGGUGGAAGAAAUUGGAGAUCACGAUGAUAGUCCAUCAGAUGUGACAGUGGAAGGAACUCCCCCCAGUCAGGAAGACGGGAAAUCACCUACCACUACCCUGAGAGUUCAAGAAGCAAUUUUGAAAGAGUUGGGGAGUGAAGAGGUUCGAAAAGUAAACUGCUAUGGUCAGGAAGUAGAGCCUAUGGAAACAACUGAAUCAAAAGACUUAGGAUCUCAAACCCCUCAGGCGUUGACAUUUAACGAUGGCAUAAGUGAAGUGAAAGAUGAACAGACACCAGGCUGGACAACAGGAGCUGGGGACAUGAAGUUUGAAUAUUUGCUUUACGGUCACAGGGAACAUAUUGUAUGUCAGGCUUGUGGCAAAACAUUUUCCGAUGAAGCGCGAUUAAGAAAACAUGAAAAGCUACAUACUGCUGAUAGACCGUUUGUUUGUGAAAUGUGUACAAAGGGCUUUACCACACAAGCUCAUUUGAAGGAGCAUCUGAAAAUACACACAGGUUACAAGCCUUACAGUUGUGAGGUAUGUGGAAAAUCUUUUAUUCGUGCACCAGAUCUGAAAAAGCAUGAAAGAGUUCACAGUAAUGAGAGGCCAUUUGCAUGCCAUAUGUGUGAUAAAGCUUUCAAGCACAAGUCCCACCUCAAAGACCAUGAAAGAAGACACCGAGGAGAGAAGCCUUUUGUCUGCAGUUCCUGCACUAAAGCAUUUGCUAAGGCAUCUGAUCUAAAAAGGCAUGAGAACAAUAUGCACAGUGAAAGAAAGCAAGUUACUACAGCUAAUGCCAUCCAGAGUGAAACAGAACAAUUACAGGCAGCAGCUAUGGCUGCUGAAGCAGAGCAGCAAUUAGAAACUAUAGCUUGCAGUUAGAAACAAAAGCAGCAACUUUAUCAGAAAUAAUAUAAAAAAUUAAAUUGAUCAAAAUUUAUUAUUGGCAUAUGUUUAGACUGAUAAUUAUCUUUUCAAGAAAACAUAUUUUUAGAGUAUUUGAAUGCUGCAUAGGAACGCAUAGCAUUGCUUGGUUAGGUAUUUUAAAAUAUUUCAGAGAUGCAUAUUCUUAGAAUAUAAAAUAGUUUUGUUGUCAUUAGAGGUAUAAUGCACUAAUACAUGAUUUAAUUUAAGAGUAUGGUGAAGUUCUCUGUAAAACAGAGCGAUCGUCACUGGCUGAUGUUUUAUUUCAUCUCGUAUGGAAUACUACGUACGUUGUAGACAUCAAAAUCAGUGAGUUAUGUUUAAACAUGCUGAAAUCUCAAAAUAACAAACAUGGAAAUGAAAUACUUAUUUUUCAUAAUUUUGAAGGUGUUGUGCCUACAAUUUAUGAAACACAGCUGUUGAUUCCCUGGGAUUUCCUUUUAAUUCCCCCUUUUUUUCACCUAUGAUAGGUGCUAGAUGUUGAAACAGCAGAGCGUAACGGGGAGUGUGACUGAAAGAAAUUACUUCUUAUUCCAGUCCCUCAAAUAUCCUCUUGUUUUAGUCAAGUUGAUGAGUUCACUGAAGUCAUAAAUGCUUGCUUUCCUGAAAAAAAACUGCGUUAUUCACGUUCACAGUAGUCCAGGCGGGCAAAACAGAAAGAUCACUGUGUUCGCCUAUCCCUUCUGUGGGUAAGAGAAUCUGCCAUGUUCGUUUCUAUGUUUGCUUUAGAAAUCUUAAUGCAGUCCCUGGGAGAUGGGACAGAGCAACAAAGAAAAGAGGGUGCAGCAUGAAGGAGUACAUAUUUUCCUUACUCAGACCCGGUUGAAAUUAGUUAAAGCUAGUACAGCCUGAGGUUGUAGUUUUUAUUAUGCAGCUUUCAAGUUUUCACUUCACUUAACCUAGCACAGUUUAGGCGAAGGAGUGUUUCUGGCAGUACUGCAGAAUUAGCUGCACUAUCAAAUGUUUGGAAUUCCCUGCCAGAACUCCCAAGUUCUGGUGUAAAGCCGCAGGCUAUCAGAUGCCUGCCAGCAAUUUUCAGGUUGGGCUUUAUAUCUUGGCUGGUCAUACCAGCCAGUAGGUCCUGUUUAAGCCUAAAAAUUUCUGCCUUCUGACACACUACCUCUCAGCGAGAGGGAGAUUUUGGUGCGUGAUUUCAGUCGUCAUUGAUUCAGAAUCAGUGUUCCUUAAUAGUCUGUUACUUAGAGUUGCCUAUUUUUUUAGACAACCUGGGGUAGGUGCUGUUAAUUCAAUUCUCACAGCGUUGGCAAAAUCCAUAGUCUUUGGAUUGCCCUCUGCUCUGUGUUGUCAACAAGACGAGACAGAGUAACAGUGAUAAAGUGAUCCAAAGGGAUAUCAAGCCUUUAUUUUAAAUAUGUAAAUACUAUAACUGUUGUCAACGCUUCGUUGGAAGUUGGAAUGGGCAAAAAUGCACUCUUGUGUAUGUGGUUGGAAUACACUGGUCACUUGAGAUACCUAUAGCAUAUGGAAGUGUUGGACCAGUUAAUGAUAAGUUACUGUGUGGUAGGUGACCUCUUGCAUUUCUAAAUAGAAAUUGAAAAUAGCAUUUUUAGAACUGUUAGACAAAACUUUACUCUGAUAAUUGAUUUUUUUUUUUACAGCUUCGUUUUAUUCAUGUACUCAUCAGGUUAAGCAAUUAUAUUAAAAUGCCAAUAAUUGUUUGAAAGCUGGUCUGUAAAUAAAACGUGAAUUUAAUAUUUUAGAAAUGUAAACUUUGGACCUUUAUGAAUAUAUUUUUUUAAAAUAUUGCUUCAUUUUACAUUCAGUAAUAUUAGUUUGUAAACAAACUAUACAUUUUGUAUCUGUGCAACAUCAGAGGAUGUGUAUUCAUGGCAUUUUAUUGGUUCUCUUGAGGAACAUGAUAAAUGAUCAUUGUUGAAAUGUUGUACUGUAUAUAAUCAUAGAUAAAGAUGGUAGGUCCAAAAUGGGAUCUACUUUUUCUUUCUUUCUAAGUAUAGUCUUGCUAUGUUUUCUUGUCUAAAAUUUUAUUCACUGUUUCUUAGAUGAAGUAAUUGGGAUUAUUAAGGCUAGACAAAACAAGUCUGUUGUGAUAAGACUUCAAAAGUGUAAAAGAUAGCUAUAAAGAGGAAGAAAAUAUAUUUUUUUCCUGUAGAUCUCCCAUGAAGAGUAUAAAAAGUAAUGAGCUUAAAUUACAACACUGGAGAUUUACAUUAGAAAAGACUUUCUAAUGGGUAGAAUAAUCAAGUAUUAGAACAGAGUGCCUUGGGCAGUGCUGCAAUCUGCAUUAGUGGUGAUCUUCAAGAACAGGUUAGACAAACAUCUGUCAGGCGUGGUUUAAAUAUGAUUAAUUCUGCCUUGAAGCAGAGGGAUAAGCUAAAAAAACUCUCAGGGUCCUCUUUAACUUUGUUUUUUUGGAAUGUUAUGAAAGUAAUAAAUGAACAUAUGUCUCAUUGGGGCAGCAGACACUUGAAUUGAAAGACUGAGUUCAAGGCAUACGCUUCAGGAAAAUUGCACUCUUGACAUUUGUACACAAAUAAUCAGGCUGUGAAUUUGAAACUUGUGCAAAAACAGGCUUAUGUUAAAAGGCAGACAACUGAAAGUAUUAUAACUGCUUUUUAGCUAUCACAGAGUAAAUUUGUCACUGUUUAAGUUGGGCUGCAACUCUAAGGGCUGUGUGAUGUUUGUAGCUCUUUAAAAUUGGACAGUUUGCUAUUAUAUAUACUCUAAUUUAAUCAACAUGUGCAGAGGCCGGACCAAAUGUUAUUGUUGCAUGUGCCUUGGACAUGACAUUAACCCCUUACACAAGACUUGGUCUUAACAGUCUCUGUCAGAGGAAUAAGUUAAGUGAAAACAAUGGAAUUGCUCCAAUGACAUAGGCUUCAAAAGGAGCCUAAGCCUCUCACUAGUUUUUAGCUCCCAGGAAUUCAUAAGACUGCUACAUUGUCCCAAGGCCACUGAUGAUGGUGUUGAUCAGGAAAGCAAAGACUCAGUUACAAAUUUUGUGAAUUUGAUAAUUUAUUGGAAAUUUCUACUACCACUGUUUUAAGGAUGUGAAGCUGCCUUUUUUAUUUUAUUUUUGUUUAGAAAGCUAAUGGAUAAUUUUUUGUUCACUUCCUAAAUAUUCUUAUUCCAGACAAUGAUAAGACCUAGGAUAAGCUUAAGCUUAAAGUUCCAGAAGAGGUGGAGGUAACGACAGCUGUACACUGUAGUUAGCGUAUUUAAAUUGAUCCUUUUGCAUGUAUACGUUCUGAAAGGAUGGUAGUUUCUCUCUUAUGGGGGUCUAACUUCAAAGUUCAGGUAAACCUGGCUGCAUCUUAAGAUGUUACUGCUCCCAGCUUCUGCCCUGCCUGUACCAAAGGACAUCAUGUGCAGAAGCAGAUGUACAUGAGCUCCAAGCCACAGAGGCACUGGCUGAGGAACAGGCACGUUUUUUCUUCAGUUGUUGCAAACAUGGCAACUUCCUUCAGAGCUCGUCAGAUAGUGAGAAAUCCUGCCUGAUGAGUGCGAGUUUUGCCACUGACUUUAUUGGGGCCAGACUACCCCAAUAUUCCUAACAAGGCUUGCAAACGAGGCAAAUUAGCUAAGUAGUGUGCAUGCAAGAGAGUCAGAACGAUACAGAAACAUAGGUGGCUAACAAAACAUUAAGACUGAACAAAUUUUUUUACAGAGUUGACUAGCAAAAAUGCCAUGCAUGAGAUUAGGCCUGAAGAUAUACUUCUCCAUCUGUUGUUUUUGGAAUCAGAAUCAGUUAUGUCCUUAAUACACAAAGGAUAGCAAAAAAUCAGCUCCCCCCUGGGGCCUGUGCUGAAAAUCUGUCCAUGUUAUGAUGCUGAAUGAAUGAGCGACUUCCGUGGAAGCCAUGGGCUUCUCCCAUGUAUUAGAAUCAAGUAUAUGAUUAUUUGUUUGCAUGAUCAGGGUUUUUAUGUAUAUAAUGCAGCAACACAGCAGCUGAUGUAAAAUGAGGUGGUUCUGGUGACCUGAAUGGGUCUACAUGACUAACACCAGUGGAGAUGCUAAACUGAAGUCUUCUCAGUUUAAAAAAAAAAAAAACAAGUCUUAAGGAAAAAUAACCAUUUAAUUAAAAGGCUUUAUGAUUUAAAAGGCUAAAUAACUCAGAAUGAAAAAUACUUGAAACAGGAACUUUGCUAUUCUGUGAUUGUAACUGUGCUUUUAAACACUACUGCUUUCUAAAGAGAAAAGCAGACAAAGAGAACACAUUAGGCAGUCUUUUAUCUGAUUCACUUCUGAUCCAGAUUGUUAGCCAUGGCUAUACUGCUGGUUAUUUGACACAACCAAGUUUGAAAAAUACACAUUAGUCAGGGCAAAAUAAUAUUUUCCAGCCUUCU